AUGCAGUUCUCUCUUCUCCUCGUCGCAGCAUACGCCUGCAGUGCCUCAGCACGCCUUAACUGGUCGCUGGCAAAAGCAUCCAACCCCACCGGCGACCAAGCAGACGCCUACGCGAGAAUCGAAGCGGCCAUGACCAAAGCCGUUGCGCGCUACCACAAACUCUCAACGGUCAACAAGACUAUCUACGUCUCCUACGUACCAGGCGUCCCCACUGCCGACGCAAACUACGCCGGCAGUUUGCGCUUUGGCUCCAACCGUGCAUACAUGACCGAACGCACAGCCAUGCAUGAAAUCUCACACACGUUGGGCGUGGGGCAGACGGCAGCUUUUGAUAGGAAAUGUGCAGCGGGGGAUUGGAGGACGGCGCUGCCGCUGCUUCGGAGCUUUGACGGCGCCAAUGCAAAGAUCAACUGUGGCGGUAGUCAUUUCUGGCCGUAUGGGCUAAACUACGAGACCGAGUGGAGUGAGACGAAUGCGGAUAGACAUGUCAGGAUGGUCCAGGCAAUGGUUAAUGAUGGCAUGUGA